AUGACUUGGCGCGAGGAGCUUCGUAGUCGGCAGUUCUGGAGUGCCAUGCUUGCAGAGCUCCUCGGCACCCUGCUGUUGGUGAGCGCUGUUCUGGGCUCCUCUGUUCCGGGCCCAGAAGAGGCCCCUGGGGGACCCCUGUACCCAGCGGUAGCAGUGGGUGCGGUCAUUGUUGCACUGGGUCACAGCUUUGGAGAAAUAAGUGGAGCACAGGUGAACCCUGCUGUGACUCUGUCUCUGUUGGCCACUCGGAGGCUGGAUGUUCUCCGGGCCCUCGUUUAUGUCGCUGCUCAGUGUUUGGGGGCCUGUUUAGGAGCCUCGGCCCUUUACCUUGCCCUGCCUGUCAAAACCAUUGCAGUCCACUUUGUGAACAGGGUGCCCGCAGAGCUGAAUGCAGGGCAGGCUCUUGGCGUUGAGGUCUUGUGCACCUUUCAGAUGGUCUUCACCAUCUUCUCAGUGGAGGACCAGCGGCGGAGGGAGAGCCCAGAACCAGGAAAUCUGGCCAUUGGAUUGGCACACACUGCUGGAGUGCUUAUAGGGGCUCGGUUCUCUGGUGCCAGCAUGAACCCGGCCCGCUCUCUAGGUCCAGCCAUCGUCACUGGGUUCUGGGAAAACCACUGGGUGUACUGGAUCGGGCCGCUCCUCGGCGCCUUACUGGCCGGAGUCUCCCACGAGUUCUUCUUUGCACGCAGCGCCUCUCGCCACAAGCUGGUGGCUUGUUUGACCUGUAAGGACAUCGACAUUGUGGAGACGGCCAGCAUGACCGGGUCGUCUCUGUCCACGGUCACACAGAACGCCAUGAGGGCCAAGCAGGCGAACAAACAGGAGGGCAACUGA